CGAGAUUCUCGAGAUUCCCCAUCAUGUUGCCGGGCUUCCUCCCGUUUCUCUCCUCAUAAUCUCAGUCCCUCGUUUCCGUCGUCUUAUCCCCCGGUCCGGCCAUGGAGUCCCCCCCGUCUUCGCCUUAUGCCAGCCAAAAACGCAAAAUCGCCGACAUGAGUUCCGACGAAGAGGAAGAAGCCUAUCGCCCAACCAUGGGCUUCCGCGGCUUUGCUCGUGCAUCGUCUCGCUCCGAGUCGCCUCCCUCACACGGCGGGCUAGGCAGUGGUCGUCGCAAUCCCUGGAAUAAUAACGCGCAACCAGCGAUGAAAGGCGGCAACAACAAUACCGGCAAAGGAGCCUCCUCGGGAGGCAACUCGUUUGCCGCCCGUAUGAUGGCCAAGAUGGGCUAUGUCGAAGGACAGGGUCUUGGUUCAUCUGGGCAAGGUAUCAUCAAUCCGAUCGAGGCCCAAGCUCGGCCCCAGGGUGCCGGUUUGGGUGCGGUCCGUGAGAAGACGAAACAAGCACGAGCGGAGGAGAAACGGGCAGCAGCUCUUCGGGGCGAGUCCGUCGACGACAGUUCUGAUGAGGAGCGGAAAAGGCGACAAAAGAAAAAGGAGGAGCGCAAACGAGAGGGCAGAAGCGGGACAGGAACCCCGGUGGCUCGCGCGAAGCCUCAGUUCCGGACUGCGCGCGAGAUGGAGAAGGACAUGGAGGGCUUGGAGGUUCCGAAUGUGCUGAAGUCGCUGAUUGAUGCCACCGGAAAGGAUCAAAAGGUGUUAACAUCCACCGCUGGUUUGAUGACGCCGCAAACAUUCGUCACUCAGGGCGAGGGCGAGGCCUGGAAGAUUGCGCAGCGCGCCCGCAACGACCUGGAAGCGUUCGCAGAUGAAUGGAAGGGUUUGACAGAGAGGAAGAAAUACAUCGACUUUGAGGAGGCCCAAAUCGUCGAGCAGCUGGACACGAAUCAGCUCAAAGCCGACCAGCUGAGCGAGCUCGUCGCAGCGAUCGGGCAACUGGAAAUUUUCCAGAAAGAAGACACCCGAGCCAAGUUCGACGAACUGACCGAUAAGCUGGAAUCAAUGGAGAUGAAGUACCGCAACGAGAUCGACGAAUACCGACUGUCAGAAACGGCCGUCGCCGCGAUCCAUCCUCUGUUCCGUCAAGCGAUGGAAGAAUGGGAGCCUCUCAAGGACCCGACAUACCUCGUCUCCAACCUCCGUCGUCUCCAACCGCUUCUACUCCGAAAAGCCAAAGACGAGCACACUCAGCGACAGUCGACAUCCCCCUACGAGACCAUGCUCUAUACCCUAUGGCUUCCCCGCGUGCGCUCCGCCCUCCUCAACGACUGGGACGUGUUCGAAUCCGCCCCAGCGACCUCCCUCAUCAUCGCCUGGAAAGAGCUUCUCCCAUCCUUCAUCUACGCCAACGUCCUGGACCAGCUCGUGGUCCCCAAGCUCACCAACGGCCUGAAAGAAUGGAAACCCCGCAGCAGCAGCAGACGCCACCACACCUCCUCCUCCAACAGCACCCGCUUCCCGUGGUGGCUCUUCACCUGGCUCCAAUACCUUGACGAGCGUCACACCAACCCCAAGCAACCAACCGGCCUCCUAUCCGACGCGAAGCGCAAAUUCCGCGUCGUCCUCGACACCUGGGACCUCAGCAAGGGUCUAAUCAGCGGCAUCGAGCUCUGGCGCGACGCCCUCGGCUCCGAAUUCAACGUCUGUCUCCGCAACCAUCUUCUCCCCCGCCUCGGCCGCCACCUCCGCGAAGACUUCGAAGUCAACCCGCAAGACCAAGACCUCACCCCCCUCGAAAACGUCCUCAAAUGGAAAGACUUCUUCAAACCCAACGUCACGGGUCUCCUCCUCGUCGCCGAAUUCUUCCCCAAAUGGCACAACAUCCUCUACAUCUGGCUCACCAACGACCCCAACUACGAAGAAGUCGCCGAAUGGUUCACCUGGUGGCGCACCCAAAUCCCCUCCGACAUCAACGAUCUCACCAUCGUCGACGACGAAUGGAACAAGGGUCUCCAAACCAUGGACCUCGCCUCCCAACUCGGCGACCGCGCCGCCGCCGAACUCCCUGCCCCUUCAUCCUCCACCACCACAACCACAACCACAACCGCCCCAACCGAACCCACCUCGAAACCCCUCCCCACCUCACCCCCCCGCAAACCCAAACAAAAAAUCCUCGAAGAAGUCGCCUUCAAGGAUAUUCUCGAGUCCUGGUGUCUCGAGCAAGGUCUCAUCAUGCUGCCCUUGCGGGAAGCACAUCCGCAGAACGGCCAACCGUUGUUCCGUAUUACGGCCAGUGCCACGGGCAAGGGUGGGGUGGUGGCUUUCGUGCAGGGCGAUGUGGUCUGGGUGCAGAAUAAGAAGGCCAAGGAGACGUGGGAGCCCAUGGGGUUGGAGGAUCGGUUGGUGGAGAGGGCGGAGGGGAAAUAAGCAUGACUCUAGAUAGAUAUGUUAUGUUGUGUUUGGCGAUAGGGUUAUUAUUUCAGUUCUUCUUUUGUAUUUAUGAUACCAUAUGGAUAUUAUGCCUUGGGCAGCUUUCUUGUGUAUAAUGAUGUGAACUAAUGUAUCCAGUGUCAGGAAGAAAGGGUUAAUAGGAUCAC